AUGACUGCUAAUUAUCUCAGUUAUUUACUGACGUUUUUUAUCAUUUGGUUAGACUCAACUAUAGCAGGUUAUGUGCCUGGUAUCCAAGAGAAUGGAUCAAAUUUAACUAAUGCCACCUAUGAUCUUACAAUAGAAAGCUCAUAUUUUAAUUACGACCGUCCUGACAAUGGAUUAAAUGGUCAACCAAUAAGAGGAGUCAACAUCGGUGGCUGGUUAGUUCUAGAACCAUAUAUCACACCGUCAAUUUUUGAAAAGUUUAGAUCUAACGGUUACAAUGAUGAUGGAAUUCCUACUGAUGAAUACCAGUUGUGUCGAAUUUUAGGAGUGGAGAAAGCUAAAGAUAUGUUGCAACAACAUUGGAACACUUUCUAUACAGAAAAUGAUUUCAAAAACAUUGCAGAUAAAGGAUUUAAUUUAGUCCGGAUUCCUGUUGGUUAUUGGGCAUUUGCAAGAUUGCCCGAUGAUCCAUAUGUAACCGGUUUACAAGAACAGUAUCUGGACAAAGCCAUUGGUUGGGCUAAAAAACAUAAUUUGAAAGUUUGGGUUGAUCUACACGGAGCUGCUGGGUCACAAAAUGGAUUCGAUAAUUCUGGUUUGAGAGAUGCAUUAAGAUUUUUGGAUAAUGAAAAUUUGGAAGUAACCAAGACAGCACUGAAUUAUAUCAUGGAAAAGUAUUCACAAGAUUGUUAUGCAGAUACUGUUAUAGGGAUUGAAUUACUUAAUGAACCACUAGGUCCAGUUAUAGACAUGAAUAAAUUAAAGAAUGAAUUUUUAUUACCAUCUUAUCAGUUUAUGAGAGAAAAAUUAAAAAGAAACCAAAUAAUUGUAAUUCAUGAUUCGUUCCAAGGAUACCAUUAUUGGGAUGAUUUCAUGACAAUGAAACAAAAUUACUGGGGAAUUGUAAUAGACCACCACCAUUACCAAGUCUUCUCACCAGGGGAGAUAAGUAGAUCGAUGGACGAGAAGAUUCGAGCAAUUUGUGGUUGGGGUCACUCUUCAUUAACUGAAAAACAUUGGACCAUUAUGGGAGAGUUUUCGGCUGCCUUAACAGAUUGCACAAAAUGGUUGAAUGGUGUUGGUAGAGGAGCAAGAUAUGACGGGACCUUCCCAUCAAAUUCGGCUUCAUUUGGCACUUGUAACAACAACGAAGAUGUCCAUAAUUGGUCUCAAGAAAGAAAAGAUAACACGAGGAAAUAUAUAGAAGCUCAAUUAGAUUCAUUUGAAAUGAAAAACGGUUGGAUUUUCUGGUGUUAUAAGACUGAAAAUAGUAUUGAAUGGGAUGCAGAAAAAUUAAUCCAAUAUGGAUUGUUUCCACAACCAUUAACUGACAGAAAAUACCAAAAUCAAUGUCGUAACUAA